AGGAGUGGCUGGACAUUGUGGCGGAGGGGGGCUAGGGAACCCAGGACUCCGGGGCGGGGAGUAGGGUCUAGGGGCUACAGCAGGGGGAAUAGGGGACAGAGAGCCCGCACCGCCUGGGUUCUCUCUAGCUCUGCCCCUGACGCCUUCUCUGCGCUGAGGAAGCCGCUGCCGUACUCCGUGCCUCAGUUUCCCCCUCCGCGCGGUGGCCCGGCGGCGAGGCGAUUCGAACACGUGGAGCGCCGCGCUCUGCGGAGCCCGCUCCUCCGCCCUCCCCGGCGGGGCUGUGCCGCUUUAAGGGGCGGGGCCCGCUCGCGCGCUGAGGAAGUUUGGCCGCUCCUGGCCGCCGUCUCUCCCCUGGCGGCCCCGCCCGCCAUAUUGUCCCCGCCGCCGCCGCAGGCCGACCUACUGCAGCCGGAGCGGCGAUGGGGGGAAGGCGGGGCCCUAACCGAACGUCCUACUGCCGAAAUCCUCUUUGUGAAACUGGGGCUACUGGGGGUUCUGGACAUUCCACAAGUUCAUCGGUCACUGGUGUGCGCUCACGUACCAGGAGCGGUUCAGGUACAGGCCUCUCCAGCCCUCCUCUGGCAACCCAGACAGUGGUUCCCCUCCGGCACUGUAAGAUCCCAGAGCUGCCUGUGGAGAGGAGUGUCUUGUUUGAACUUCAGCUCUUCUUCUGCCAUCUCAUUGCUCUAUUUGUCCACUACAUCAAUAUCUACAAAACCGUGUGGUGGUACCCACCCUCCCACCCUCCGUCACACACAUCACUGAACUUUCAUCUCAUUGACUUCAACGUGCUGACAGUGACGACAAUCGUCUUAGCGCGCAGGCUGAUCGGUGCCAUCGUGAAGGAGGCUUCACAAAGCGGCAAAGUCUCCCUACCACGCUCCAUUUUCCUUGUGAUUACUCGGUUUGCAGUCCUCACUGGGACAGGCUGGAGCCUGUGCCGGUCAAUAAUUCACCUCUUCAGAACCUACUCGUUCCUCAAUCUCUUGUUCCUGUGUUACCCGUUCGGCAUGUACAUUCCUUUUCUCCAGCUGAACUGUGACUUUCGGAAGACGGCCCUCUUCUCCCAAGUGGCUAACAUUGGCCCCCGAGAGACAGGGGACGUGAACUCCAGGAGUAAAGACUAUCUAACAGUUUUAAAGGAGACCUGGAAGCAGCAUACCAGGCAAAUGUAUGGCAUGGAGGCCAUGCCCACCCAUGCGUGCUGCCUCUCUCCAGACCUGAUCCGCAAUGAGGUGGAGUAUUUGAAGAUGGACUUUAACUGGAGGAUGAAAGAGGUGCUGGUGAGCUCCAUGCUCAGUGCCUAUUAUGUGGCCUUUGUGCCUGUCUGGUUUGUGAAGAACACUCAGUACUAUGACAAACGGUGGUCGUGUGAGCUGUUCCUGCUGGUGUCCAUCAGUACGUCUGUGAUUCUGAUGCAGCAUCUCUUGCCUGCCCGCUACUGCGACCUCCUCCACAAAGCUGCAGCACACCUGGGCUGCUGGCAGAAGGUCGAUCCUGCCCUAUGCUCCAAUGUGCUACAGCAUCAGUGGACAGAAGAAUGCAUGUGGCCACAGGGGGUGCUGGUGAAACACAGCAAGAACGUGUACAAAGCUGUGGGCCAUUACAAUGUGGCUGUGCCAUCCGAUGUGUCUCACUUCCGCUUUCAUUUCUUUUUCAGCAAACCGCUGAGGAUCUUGAACAUUUUAAUUCUGCUGGAAGGAGCUGUCAUCUUCUACCAGCUCUACUCACUGAUCUCGUCAGAGAAGUGGCACCAGACCAUCUCGCUGGCUCUCAUCCUCUUCAGCAAUUAUUACGCCUUCUUUAAGCUGCUGCGUGACCGGCUGGUACUGGGAAAAGCUUACUCAUACUCUGCCAGCAGAGACUCAGAGCAGAAGUUCAAUUAAAUCGCACUGCUGCUCAGCUUGUAUUACAAAAAAAAACCUUAAAAAACAAACAAACAAACAAAAAAACCACAAACAACCUCAGAGCUUUGUAUUUUUGUUACCACUGCUUUUUUCUUUGAUAACUGAUGUAAUUAAAAGGAAAAAACAUAUUUUUGUACUCCCAA